AUGAGUAGUUGUAGCGAUAGUCAUAAGGUAGCUGCGCAAAAGGCUAUAUGCAAUCAGAGGUUAAGAGAGAAAUAUGCUAUGUUAUCGCCUGAGGAGAAAGAAUUGCACCGCCUAAAACAGAGAGAGGCGUAUCAAAAGAGGAAAGCUAAAAAAAAUUCCACUAAUUUCACUGAUAAAAAACAAACUACCACUGGAGGUACCCUUCAGCUGUGCGAUGAAGCCCAACUAACUCUUGAUCCAGACCCUGCCAAGUGUUCUCAACAAUGCACUGACGAUGCAAAUAUAUCAGCUACGACCAAUGUUCAUCAGCAACUCCAAGAUAAACAGGAACUUCAUCAUAACAAAUCUUCGCAACAAACUAUGCAGUCCCAAUUGCAAUCUAAUGACUUCCUACAAACAUCUGUGUUCCAGCCUAUAACAAAUCAAGGUGAAUCUCCAAUCUGCACCAACUGUUAUAGCUAUAUUUCUGAUGUUGUGCAAGAUACACCAGGCAUUGCUAUGAUUCCUUCUCUUAAUAAGACCUUACAAUCAAAUGUCAGAGAUGAUAAUGUUUCUAUCAAAGUUGUAUCCACUCAGCAACAAAGAUCUACUAGAUCUCAGAAAAAGAAGAUGACAGCUAAAAAAUGUCAAACAACAAAUGGGACUGAAGCAUUGAAAUUAAUCAGUAAUGAACCAGAUAAAUUGCCUCAGGUUCCUGACUGUCAAUACUGCGGCGCUAAAAAAUUCCAUUCUGAGACACCAAGUUUCUGCUGCUCUGAUGGUGAAGUUAUACUGCAUGAAAACAAAUUACCAGACAUUUUGGUUGAGCUGUAUACGGGAAACACAGAGGAUGCAAUAUCUUUUCGUACAUAUGCUCGGACAUAUAAUAAUAUGUUCGCUUUUACUUCUUUUGGAGUUCACUAUGACAAGGCCUUAUGCAAGAGGACUAAUGGCAUCUAUACAUUCAAAAUCCAAGGACAGACCUAUCACUUCAUCAAUGAAUUGAUUCCUCACGGAGGAUCUGGCAUGUAUCUGCAACUUUAUUUUCAUGACACAGAUCAUGAAUUAGAGAACAGGCUAGCAUUUUCAGAGAGAGUCACAAUAAACAUAGUCUCUAAACUCAUGGAUGUGAUGAAGCAAAAUCCUUAUGCUUGUUUUUUCCGAAGUUUAAGAAAUGUUUCAGAUUUAGACUCAUAUCAGAUUAUCCUCAGAUCACAUUCUACUGCUGAUCAAAGAAUUUACAAUAAGCCUAGAGUUUCUCAAAUUGCUACUCUAUGGAUUGAAGGUGAAAAUCCAACAGAAGCUUAUAGUAGACACAUACAAGUAUAUACAAAAGAAGGCCAGAGUCAUCGCGUACAGUAUUAUUAUGGGUGUUACGAUCCUCUGCAAUAUCCUCUCCUAUAUCCUCUUGGAGAAACAGGCUGGCACCCGGGAAUUCAAAGAUCAGGAAAUGUGAAUCCAAAGAAACGUAAAAGAGCAGAAAGCAAGAAAAAAUGUACAGUGACAUUAAGCAGUUUUACAUCACCUGAAGAGCUUUUCACCUCAGAGCAACAAGGUGCAUUCUCCUUAGCUAUUUUGCACAACUUUACUAUCAGCAUCAAAAUUUUCUCUGAAUGCAUUUCAUAUAUUUGGUACUCAUACUUUAAAACAACCUCUGCAGCUCUUCAGCAACACGAAAAUUCAAAGGACUUCGUGUCAAUGAGGGAAUAUUAUGCCUACAAGUUUCAGAUCAGAAAACAAUACAUUCCAAAUAUUCUGAACACCGGCCGCUUACUACAACAAUUUGCUGUAGAUAUGUAUGUCAAGCUUGAAACUCAAAGACUUGACUUCUACAGAAGUAAACAAUUGCUUAUUCGAAGAGAACAACUCCAAGGCUUGAUGGACUCUGUAAUUCAAGGGCAAUCACAAGGUUCUAAAGUAGGCCAGCGUGUACUCUUACCUGCUUCAUUUAUAGGAGGGCCUCGAGAUAUGAAGAAGAGAUAUAUGGAUGCUAUGGCCUUAGUCCAGAAAUUUGGAAGGCCUGAUUUAUUUCUUACUAUGACAUGUAAUCCUUCAUGGCCAGAAAUUAAGGAAAAUAUGCUGCCUACUGAUGAAGCACAAAACAGAAUCGACUUAUGUGCUCGGGUAUUUCACUCGAAAUUGCAAGUGUUAAAGGAAGAGCUAUUCAAGAGAGAAAUUUUUGGUCAAGUUGCAGCAUACACCUACGUUAUUGAGUUUCAGAAACGAGGCUUGCCACAUGCUCACUUCCUUAUUAUUCUGAAACCCAAUUCAAAGCUAUACUCUCCUGAUUCUUAUGAUCGAAUAGUCUCUGCUGAACUACCAGAUGAAGGUACACAAAAGCAUUUGUUUAAAAUGGUCCGUAAGCAUAUGAUGCAUGGACCUUGUGGUAGUAAAAAUCCUAACAAUGUCUGCAUGCAAGGUCAAAAGGUCAGAUUCUGUAAGAACAAGUAUCCAAAGCAAUGGGCAGAUUCUACAACUCACGGACAGAAUGCUUAUCCGAUAUAUCGCCGAAGAAAUGAUGGAAAAAAAGUUUAUGUUCGAGGUCAAGAACUAGAUAACAGAUGGGUAGUACCACAUAAUCCGUACCUAUUAACAAAGUUCAAUUGCCAUAUCAAUGUUGAAAUCUGUUCUACCAUCAAAGUUGUCAAAUACAUGUUCAAGUAUAUUUUCAAAGGACAUGACAAAGUCCAUUUUCGAGUCAGCUCAGAUAUUCCAGAACAAUGCAUUGAUGAAAUCAAAGAGUAUCAGACAGCAAGAUGGGUAUCUGGUAUUGAAGCUAUGUGGCGUAUAUACAGAUUUACUCUCAAUGAAAUGCAUCCUUCUGUUAUGAAUCUGCAGUUACACUUACAAAAUUACCAAUCUAUGAGCUUCAAGGACAAUGAAGACAUCAGAGAUCUAUUGAAAAAUCAGUUCAAGAAAAGGACCAUGUUAACAGAGUUUUUCCAUAUGAAUGCAACAUAUGAUUUAGCAAAAGCCUUAAAAUGCACAUACAAGGAGUUUCCUCAACACUUCGUUUGGCAUCCAGAUAAGAAGUACUGGUCAGCAAGGAAACAAAAGGAUUGUAUUGGAAGAAUUGUUGCAGCAAAUCCAAAUGAAGGAGAGCGUUAUUUUCUGCGGUUGCUCUUAAUCAAUGUUAAAGGACCAACAUCAUUUGAUGAUCUGAAAAUGAUAGAUAAUAAAUAUGCAAACAGCUUCCAGGAAGCAGCAAUACUCAGGGGAUAUUUCGAAUCAAACAAUGCACAACAGCAAUGCCUGGAAGAAGCAGCACUAUAUCAUAUGCCUUACACCUUCAGAAGACUUUUUGCCACAAUAUUAGUACAUUUUCCACCAGCAAAUCCUAGACAGCUUUGGGAAAAUUUCAAAAGAUCUCUAUCCGAAGAUUUUUAUCAUCAGCCUAAUGUGCAAAGUGAUCAGAUACGACUAAAUGUGCUUCAUGAAAUAAGUAAGUUUUUACAAUCAAUGGGCAAGAACAUCAAUACCUACGACUUAGUCCCACGAAUUCUGAGGUUGAAUCUGGCAGACAGAGAAACAAGAGAUACUAUGAGUGAAACUCAGAUUAUUGUCUCAGAUGAAGAUAUUGCAUCCAUUAGUCGACUAAAUAUGGAACAGAAACUUGCAUUUGAUAUAAUUACAGCUCACGUAUACAAUAAUCACAGAGGAUCUUUCUUCUUAGAUGGACCAGGAGGGACUGGUAAAACAUUUUUAUACAAAGCUCUCUUAGCUGAUAUCAGAUCCAAAGGUUUCAUAGCAUUAGCUACAGCAUCAAGCGGAGUUGCAGCAUCAAUACUUCCUGGAGGACGAACAGCGCAUUCGCGCUUCAAAAUUCCAAUUAAUAUGGACACAAACAAUAUGUGUAGUAUCAGUAAACAGAGUGCACUAGCAGAUUUGCUUCGACAAGCAAAGCUAAUAAUCUGGGAUGAAGCUCCGAUGAUGCACAAAACAGGAAUUGAACGUGUAGACAAAUCGCUAAGAGACUUAAUGGAGACAGAUGAACUUUUUGGAGGGAAAAUCAUAGUUUUCGGCGGCGAUUUUCGUCAGGUACUUCCAGUCAUAACAAAAGGAUCAAAACCUGACUUUAUGCAAGCAUGUCUUGUAAAUUCCUAUAUAUGGCCUGAUUUGCAGAAACUAAAACUCAAAGAAAAUAUGAGAGCUAUUGCUGAUCCCAAUUUUACUGAUUAUUUACUUCGUGUAGGAAAUGGAGCUGAAUCUUUUGUCAACAACAACAAUAUUCAAAUUCCUCAAGACCUGCUCAUACCAUACACCACUGAAGAGCAAUCACUCAACACCUUAAUUCAUGCAGUAUUUCCAGACUUGAAAAGUUGCUCAAAAGAAGAUUAUUCAUGGACGAAUCGAGCAAUUCUUACAACUAAAAAUGACUUUGUCGACGACAUCAACAAUGCAUUGAUACAAGAAUUUUCAGGGAAUUCUUUUGAAUACAUUAGCAGAGAUAAAAUAGCAGACACUUCUCAACAGGCUAUCCUAGAAGACUUUGUUAACAGCCUUACACCAAAUGGUUUCCCUCCGCACAAAAUACUACUAAAACCAAACUCUCCGAUCAUGUUACUCAGAAACAUAGAUCCUCCAGAAGGCCUCUGCAAUGGUACAAGGCUCAUAUGUAGAUCUCUGCGACCAAAUAUAAUAGAGGCAAUCAUCAGCUCUGGUGAAUUCAGAGGAAAAGAAGUUUUCCUGCACAGAAUAUGUUUCAAAUCAGAUAGUGACCCAGACUGUCUUAUAGCUUUUGAAAGAAUGCAAUUUCCAGUUCGUUUAUGCUUCGCCAUGACAAUAAAUAAAGCUCAGGAUCAGACCUUAGAUUAUGUUGGGAUUUACCUUCGUGAACCAGUCUUCUCUCACGGCCAACUCUACGUAGCUCUUUCUAGAGCUAGAAACAGCAAAUCUGUGAAAAUGUUGAUCAAGCCUUCUCUUUCUGAUCUCAGCUUGGAUAAUAUUACGCCUAACAUAGUUUAUACUGAAAUUUUAGAAGCAGCACAGCUCUAA